AUCGCUCUUCUUUCACUCCGCAUCUCCUCUUCACUUCCAGAGUCCACCGGCUCCGAUCCCAACUCCCAUGGCGCUCUCCAUCUCCACGCCCACCUCCUCCUCCCUCGUCCCGGCCUCCCGUCAGGUGGUCAGGUUGACUUCGCGGUCGGCAAAGCCUGCGACUUUCAGCCUCCGGAGGCCGCCUCUCGCCGCGGCGGCCGCCGCUGGCAACGCACCCACGUCCCCGGUCAGCGAGGUCGUCACUGAGCUCGACGCGGUGGCCGGCUUCAGCGAGAUCGUGCCGGACACCGUCGUGUUCGAUGAUUUCGAGAGGUUCGCACCCACGGCAGCCACGGUGAGCUCGUCGCUGCUGCUUGGAAUCGCUGGGCUCCCAGACACCAAGUUCAAGAGUGCGAUAGAUACUGCGCUGGCAGAUGGUGAGUGUAACGCAUUGGAGAAGCCUGAGGACAGGAUGUCCUGUUACCUCACCAAGGCUCUGGCAAACGUUGGCGCUGAACUAGCUCAUCAAGUCCCUGGACGCGUUUCGACUGAAAUAGAUGCUCGGUUGGCUUAUGACACCCAGGGCAUUAUCCACAGGGUGCAUGAACUGUUGAAUCUAUACAACCAGCAUGAUGUCUCAACUGACCGCCUGUUAUUCAAAAUUCCUGCUACAUGGCAAGGCAUAGAGGCCUCAAGGUUGCUUGAAUCUGAAGGAGUUCAAACACAUCUAACAUUUGUUUACAGUUUCGCACAAGCAGCAGCGGCAGCACAAGCUGGUGCAUCUGUUGUACAGAUAUUUGUGGGGCGGUUGCGGGAUUGGGCAAGGAAUCACUCUGGUGAUCCAGAGAUAGAUGAGGCUCUGAAGAAGGGAGAAGAUGCAGGGCUUGCUUUGGCGAAGAAAGUAUAUGCCUAUAUUCACAGAAAUGGGUACAAAACAAAGUUGAUGGUUGCUGCCAUACGGAACAAGCAGGACGUAUUUAGCCUUCUGGGGAUUGAUUACAUCAUCGCACCACUGAAGAUAUUGCAGUCUCUGGAAGAAUCUGUCACCGAUCCUGAUGUGAAGUACGGUUAUGUCCCAAAGUUGACCCCUGCUAUUGGCAAGACGUACAACUUCACUGAAGAGGAGCUUGUGAAGUGGGACCAGUUGAGCCUAUCAGCUGCGAUGGGGCCAGCUGCUGAAGAACUGCUUGCUUCAGGACUAGAGGGAUAUGUGAACCAAGCACGCCGCGUUGAGGAGCUCUUCGGGAAGAUCUGGCCACCUCCCAAUGUUUAAUAACGCCUUGCCGCGCCACAGUUUUCAGUUCCAACAGAGAGCAAUAACAACCGGCAAGGGAACAACACUUCGCUUGCUUGCCACUGGUUCUCCAAUGUGAUUUGCCUGGCAGUCCCACAAUGCUGUGCAAAAGACGUUUUGCUUCUUCUUUUGGAUCCUACAAGGGGCGCUUCAGUGUUUUCGUGAACUUGCAUUGUGUAUUGUGUUUUUGUGAUUCAAACGAUGUACUAAACUGAUGAGAACCUGUCUCCUGAUAUUCCCUGCAUCUUCAAAUGUCCUGGUACUGCUACCAAACAGCUUCUUGGUUCAGGUGGCAAUGUGCCAAUGUGCCAAUGUUGUUCCAUGAGAAUCCUCCAUCCAACUAUUCCAACACCACCUAAGCUGCAGUUACAUGAUUA